AUGCCGAACAAUAGCAUUGCUGUUCCUGAAACUAUCUCAAAGGUGUCUGUUUCAACUGUCAAAUUUGGCCCCUUUGGCUACAUUUCGGGACUUCGACUUGGGUUUGGUGGGUUCCAUCUCGUCAGCAUAGCUGCAGUCCUCAAAGACAACGUCAACACAUCGAACGACGAUAGCAGCGAUAACGAUAUGGCCAAUGCGGAUCGACCUCUUAAAGAUCUUGGCCUAUGGUAA